UCUUGACUCUCGAGCAAUCGGCCGUCUCCCGUUUUUCAGUCCGUGAGCUUUUUUAAAAAGAGACACAAGGCUCGAUGUCCUACGGGCUAUGACAACGUCACUUCUCCUCCGUCCGCGCUGGAUCGAUCCGGUCAUGUUCCUCUACGAUAACGGCGGCGGCUCGGACGACGCAGGCAAGAACAUGGAAGGGUUCCCUGGAGGCAACUUUGCGCCGAGCUCGUGCAGGAAUCUGAUGGCUCACCACCCCGCGUACACGUCGAGCGAGACUGCGGGAACGGGUACUGGCGAACCUGGCAAACAGUGCAGCCCGUGCUCGGCCACGCAGGGCUCGGGUGGCGCUUCACUACCUUACGGCUACUUUGGCGGCGGUGGGUAUUACCCGUGCCGAAUGCCACACCACCACGGGGGAGGGGGUGGGGUGAAAUCGUGCGCCCAGUCCCCCGCCUCCGCCGCCGCGCCUUACGGGGAGAAAUACAUGGACAUGUCUGCCACUUCUGGCGAGGAUUACACCACUUCCCGGGCGAAGGAGUUUGCCUUCUACCCGAGCUACGCGUCCAGCCCGUACCAACCGGUCCCCAGCUAUCUGGACGUGCCUGUGGUGCAGGCGGUGAGUGGGCCCUCGGAGCCCAGGCAUGAAUCUUUAUUGCCCAUGGAAAGUUAUCAGCCUUGGGCUAUCACCGCCAGCGGCUGGAACGGGCAGGUUUACUGCGCCAAGGAGCAGCCGCAGACAGGACACGUGUGGAAGUCAUCGUUACCAGACGCAGUGCCACACGUAGGGCCAGACGCCAGUUCCUUUCGCCGUGGGAGAAAGAAACGAGUGCCGUACACGAAGGUGCAGCUGAAGGAACUAGAGCGAGAGUACGCCGCCAACAAGUUCAUCACCAAAGACAAGCGCAGGCGGAUAUCGGCCCAGACCAAUUUGUCCGAACGACAGGUCACCAUCUGGUUCCAGAACCGGCGCGUCAAGGAAAAGAAGGUUGUCAACAAAGUAAAAAACAUCAGUUAGCUAUUCACGACGAACAAACAAAAAAAAUAAACUGUAAAGGAACACUGCACGUCCAUGAAUAGCCAGCCUGCGCACACACUCGAAGCUGUGUAUUUCAAAGCUAUCCCGAUUCCAGACCUUUAAAUUCUUUUUUUAUUGUCUUGGUUUGCCUGGACUAUCGCUUGUUUGGAGCUGAUCGGUUUGAUGGAUAUUUUUUUUUUGCUCUGCGCCACGUUAUGGCUCGCGGUGUGUGCGGCCAUAUCCUCAACUCAGGACACAAAGAAGGUCCACUAGAAUAUGUGUGUGUGUAUAUGUGAUGUAACAAUUCGUAUUUAGUCUGUAACCAACGAACAGAAUUUGGACGUGGACUGAAAUUAACGAUAUUGUAGCUUGCUUGAUUGUUGAAGAGGGCUGAAGAGGGUCUGCCUGUCUUGGCUCGGUUGUCUACUUUUUGACUCACUCAGUGUCUCGCUUGCUGUCUCACGCUGCUUCUGCUCAGUGAUAGAGUACACAUUAUAAGGAAGAAAAGCAGGAGCCUGGUGUCUCCCUCUUUUAGUGUACAGUAGCCCCAUUGUGCUCUUAUUUGUGCCAAAGUGUAUUUUUAUCUGUUUGAAUAUUGGUGUGACUCAACUGUGUCUGUUUCGUCCUAUUAAUGUUCAUCACGUCCGACCGAAAUAAACCACUGAAAUGAGUAACAAA